AUGGAGAUGACUACUGAUAAGUUUAAGCCUGAAGAUUAAUAGUAAUUCAAAAGAAAGCCGCCUAUUGCUGGUGGUGCGAAUAAUACUGGAGGAAACAUUAAUUUUCACAAGGAUAGUAUCUACUCAAUAUUUGAAACUUCUAAGUCAAAUAAAAUCAACUCCAUUAACGAUAUUUCUAACAUAUAACCAGUGACUAUAUCAUAAAAUGAACUCAAUUCUCAUUAGCAAGACAUCGCAAAUUCACAAUGGAGAUAAAAUACUUAAAAUAACUCAAUCGGGGUUUCAGGUCCUCUGCUUGAAUCAAUCAGUGACUUUGGAAAUGCUCAAGGAUAAAAUUAAUUCUAAUUCAAUCAAAAGCAAGGCGUGGCUUCAAACACACAAAGAUUUUCACCAGUAAGAAACUAAUAUAGUGUAAUUUAUGAGGAGGAAAAUACUACCAUGAAUAUGUAAAAUUAGUCAAACAUCAUGAAUACAAGCAAUUUCCUAAAAGAUUUUUAGGAGCUUAAAGACAGAAAGGAAGCAUUACUCAGAUCUAAGGCUCUUCUUUAAAGAAACACUAAUUAACUUGAUGAAUUUAUGAUGCCUUCUCAAACUUAAACUGCUUCUAUCAGUAGGCCAUUAAUAAACGCUACCUAAAAAUCAUAUCAAAUUACUGGUACUAAUACUAACAAUUAAAGUAUAAGCUAAUAUGAACCUGUAAGAGUUUAAGAGCAAAGCUAAGUAUCUUUCCCAUUGAAUACAAGCAAUAUUGGUCAGAGUCAAAAUAUAGCCUAAAAGAAUAGCUAUUACUAUGAUUAGAGAUCAGCCUAUGAGCCAGCUAAAGCCUAAAGCUAAUAAAGAGUAGGAAUCUAUUAAGAUGAAACUAGACUAUAAAAUUCUCCAGGAAAUGAGUCUUAGGAAUCUUUUGGAUCACCAUUUAUGUCAAAUUAAAAACGAUCAUAAAGUAACCUUAGAAUUAAUCAAAUGGCUAGCUUAUAAAAAUCUACUGAAAGAAAUAAUGUACAAUUCAACUUAGAUGAUUUGACUCCAAACACUCUUGAAAAUAGAAGAAUUGGCAACCAAUUGCAAACUUAGCAUCAUUCUACAGUAUAGAGUCAAUUUGAGAUUUAGGCUUAAUAAAAAUCGGCCUUUGAUUAUAUGAGAAGUGAUUCCCCAAAUCAAUCCAAGACUGUAACUCAUUCUGAACUUGACUCAGAAUUCGACGAUCUGAAAUCCGACAUUGGUGGUGAAGAGAGCAUCCUGAAUAUUAAAGAUCAUUUGACCAAUUAGCAAACCCUAAAUUUCUGGAAGAGAUACUUUACUGAAAACUGUAUGAAUGUUAAUGUUGAAAAUUUUUAUGAGGCUGUUCAACAAGAAUUCUUUAUAUCAACAAUACAGCCUGUAAUUGACAAAUAGGACUUUUAAGUUAAUUAAAAAGAGUUCAUUAAAGAUCUCUAACUUGAAAUAGUAAGAAAGGUAUCAAUUGAUGAGUAAAAAGUUUCUCUGAAUGCACUUGAAUUAUUCACAAGAGAAAGAGGAAUUGAAAAAUGCAUUAAUGAAUGUGCUAUUGAGUGUAUCUUAAAGUAAAAGGCUUCAAGAUCUAUCUAAUUGAAUGAUACUAUUGUCUAAGAACUAAUGGACGUUAAAAAUAUGUUAGAAGUUAAAUCUAAAUAAAUAGAAUAGCGAGAACGCGAAAUCAAAAUUAAGGAACAAGAACUUUAACAGUAUAAGUAAAAUAUUAUCGCAUUUGUGCGUGAGGAAAUCCUUGUUUAGCAAAAAGAGUCAGAGAAUAAGAUCAAUAGAGCCUAUAAUGAAAUCUAAAAGAAGUUUUCACAGGCAGAGAGAAAUGUCCAAAAUAAGAUCAAGCUCUUCUAAAAGGAGAAGACUACUGAUCUUAAGUAAAGCAGCUUGAAAUAAUCAUAGGCAAAGUAGAGUUAAGGUCAAAAUAGUGAGAAAUUACUUAAGGCUAGGAUCUAAAAUUUGGAAAAAUCAUAUGAAUAAAUUAAAUUGAAAUGCUCUAUAAUUGAAGAGGAAAAGCUUAAGCUAGAAGAAAACAAUAAGAAACUUUCAGAAAACUUGGAAAGACAUAAGAUUCAAAGAAAAAUUGAAAAGGAAUAAUAUGAGAGUCUUCAAAGCUCAAUCAAAGAGCAAAAAAUGUCAAGGGUGGAAGUUAUAGAGCAAUCACCCUAGCUAAUUCAGGUUCAGAGCUCUAAGAAUAGCAGCGUAACAAAUACAGUCCUCAGUAAAUAAAGCAAGAAUAAUGUUGUAGACACUGAUGAUAUAGGAGAGGACAAAAUCAAUAAUAGAGGAGAGUAAAAAUAAAAUUAGUAAAAAUAGGUUAUAAUAAUUGAUGAUUACUCUAAGCAUAUGAUGUAAAUUCUAGCUUAAACAUUUAAAACACUCAAAAUUACCAUCCCAUUCAUGAUAUAAAAUCUAAAGGAUCAGGAUGAUUAUAUGGGAGAUGAAGAUGAAGAAGAAUAUGAUAGCAGAAGUAUGAAGUCGCCAAACUAGUAAUCGAAAUCAGUUAUAAAAUUGAUGAGAGACAAUGAACCUCAAGUAUAGAUAGGCGAACUAUUAUUCCCAUCCUUCAACAUCAUUGUACCUUAAUUUACUGAAUGCUUAGUACCUCACCUCAAUCUUCUAAGUGGGUUUGAUGCAUCGAUUCUAAUAGGCACUCUGUUCAAUAUUUUGCAAUUUGCAUUCAAAACUUAAAUUUAUCAAAAGAGACUUCCAACUAUCUUAAAAAAUGACAAGAUGCUCUUGAACAAGGAUAUAACUUCAAUCUUACACAAUUAAUCUUAGUCCAAGAGCAUUGAAGACAAUCUAAGCAAAUUGUUUAAAGAUGACUCUAAUAAGCAUGAGCCUUGCCAAUUAGAUUUCUAACCAUAAACUAAAUCGAUGUAGAAAAGAAUAAAGGAAAUUUAAAAACAACUGAGUUCCUUGAAAGAGAGCUUUGUUAGUGGCCCACUUCCUCUGUACUAACUCUUUAAAGACUAAACCGUUCAUAAAUUAUUGUCAGAUGAUCUAUUAAAUCUUGUUUAGAUUACUUCUCAAUAAACGACUAACACUUAAAGUAAUCAGCCUGCAGCAUAGGGAAAGAGACAGUAAUCAAUAGUAAGGUAAAAAGCAGGUUAGAGUCUGAAAAACAAGGGCUCAAAGUAAAUUGAUACUUAGGAGGAAAUUACUAAUGAAUUAAGACCCCAGCUUAACCUAUCACUGAAAGAUCAGCUUACAAUAAAUCUCCUGCAAAUAAUGAUUUCCAUAGAUAUUCAGGUUAUUUAGGAUAACCUUAAGUAAAUCAAAUUUAGCUUAAGCAACCUAUCUUAAGCAGAGGACGUGGCCUCUCUGUUAUUAACAGAGCUACAUGCAUUACCUAUUCUGUCCCUUACCCUUGCCUUUCCAUAACUAGUUCCAAUAUCAAUAACAAUAUUCUUAGCUUUAAGUUUCUUGCAAUAAUAAAUUGAUGUGUUUGUCAACUAGAUGUGUGAAUAAGUAACCUUUGACAUUUUCUAGUACACCAUGCUUCAAUAGAAAAAUUCUUAAGUAUUUGAAGACUAUGUGGUUAUUCUUUAAAAGCUUUCUUCCAAAGAUCCUGCUAGCAUAAGGUCAAUGAUGGGACACAAACUUAUUGAAACUAUGAAUAUGGAAUUAGGAAAGAAAAUAAAUACAGAGAAUGAAUUCCUGAUUUCAAAUAUCAAGUCAAUUCUAAGAAAUAUUAAGGAUGAAUCGGAGUGA